AUGUUUCCAGGUUUUACGCAAGCAGUAAUUUUAGCUGUUGUUAUUAUUCUUACACAAACAACAAAACAUAUUCGUUGUGAUGAUGCAUCAAACGUCGAUGAAAGUCAUGUUCUUUCACUUACAAAAGAUACAUUUGAUGAUACUUUAAGAACUCAUAAACAUUUACUUGUUAAAUUUGUUGCACCAUGGUGUGGUCAUUGUAAAUCUUUAGCACCAGCCUAUGCUGCUGCUGCUAAACAAUUAGCUGAAUCUGGUAGUGAAAUUAAAUUAGCUAGUGUUGAUGCAACCAUUGAACAAGAUCUUGCACAAAAAUAUGAAGUUAAAGGUUAUCCAACAAUAAAAUUCUUUAGUGAUGGUCUUACAUUUGAAUAUACUGGUGGACGUGCACAAGAUGAUAUUGUUAGUUGGUUAAAGAAGAAAACUGGACCAGUAGCUGAAGAAUUAAAAACUGUCGAUGAUCUUAAUAAAUUAAAACAAGCUAAUGAUGUUGUUGUUAUUGGUGUUUUCAAGGAUAUGGAUGAUGAUACUGCUGCAUCAUUUCUUCAAGUAGCUAAAACAACUGAUGGUAUUCCAUUUGGUAUAACAUCAAAUGCUGAUGUUCUUAAAGAACUUGAUGUUACUAAAGAUACAAUUGUUCUCUUGAAAAAAUUUGACGAAGGUCGUAAUGAUCUUACAUCAUCAAUUGAUGAAAGUUCAAUACGUCAAUUUAUUCAAGAAAAUCAACUUCCAAUGGUUGUUGAUUUUAAUGCUGAAACAGCACAAAAAAUUUUCGGUGGUGACAUUAAAGUUCAUAUACUUUUAUUUGCUAGUAAAAAAAGCAGUGAUUAUGAAAAAUUUCGUGAAGAAUUUAAAACUGCUGCUAAAACAUAUCGUGGAAAAACACUUUUUGUUUCAAUCGAUUCUGAUGAUGAAGAGAAUGAACGUGUACUUGAAUUUUUUGGUCUUAAAACAUCCAAUGUUCCAGCUGUUCGUUUAAUUACACUAAAAGAUGAAAUGAGCAAAUUUAAACCUGAUUCAUCAGAUAUAACAUCAGAAGUUUUACUCAACUUUGUUAAAGACUUCUUUGAUGGAAAACUUAAACCACAUUUACUUACACAAGAUAUUCCUGAUGAUUGGGAUAAAGCCCCAGUUAAAAUUUUAGUUGGUAAAAACUUUUAUGAAGUCGCGUAUGAUAAAAAGAAAACUGUACUUGUCACAUUUAUUGCUCCUUGGUGUGGUCAUUGCAAACAAUUAGCACCUAUCUAUGAACAAUUAGGUGAAAAAUAUAAAGAUAAUGCCGAUGUUGUUAUUGCCAAAAUGGAUGCUACCGUUAAUGAACUUGAAGAUAUAAAAAUUCAAAGUUUCCCAACAAUAAAAUUGUUUCCUAAAGAUUCUGAUGAAGUUAUUGAUUAUCAAGGAGAACGUACAGUUGAAUCACUUACAAAAUUUAUUGAUUCAAAUGGAAAAGAAGCAGGUCACAUUCCUGAAGAAACGGCAGAAGAAACAGAAGAAGCUGAUGAGAAUGUUGAAGCACCCCAUAUAGAUCUUUAA